AGAAUCAUGUACAGAGAGACAGAUUCACUGAAACAGAAGCUAUCCAGGUAGGGUAGGGUAGGGUCGGGUCACCUUCAAAACCGAUGUCGUCUUUUGACGAUGAUGGCUACUUAGGUUACGACCCUCGCCUCGUUUCCCACCAAUCCCACUCCUUGGAAGCCGACUCGGUCAAGGUCUCACUACCCGAUUCCCCACCGAUGUUCAACAAUCAGUCGCACGCUAUCGGAGAUGACGUCUUCUCAUCACAAUCGAUGCCCGAAACUCCUUCUCCACCUCUCAUCUACGGUAGCGGUGGUGGAUACUCUGCUUUCUCACCGGAGCACAACGGGGAGGAAUUCAACGGCGAUCAGUUUGGAGGAUCCAAUGAGCCGGUCUUGCCGCCGCCUGCUGAGAUGGAGCCUGAAGAAGGUUCUGCUUUGAGAGAGUGGCGCAGACAGAACCUGAUUCUACUGGAGGAGAAGGAGAAGAAAGAGAAGGGGAUGGUGGAGCAAAUAAUAAAGGGAGCAGAGGAGUACAAAGUUGAAUUCCAUAAGAAGACAAGUAUAGCUAUUGAAAAGAACAAAGCAUCCAACAGAGAUAAGGAGAAGGUAUGUUUGGAAAAUAGGGGUAAAUUCCAUGGAGAGGCAGAGAAAAAUUACUGGAAGACAAUUGCAGAGCUGAUCCCGAAUGAGGUGCCGACUAUAGAGAAGAAGGGAAAGAAACCUUCCAUCGUUGUGCUCCAGGGACCUAAGCCUGGAAAGCCAACUGAUCUUUCCAGGAUGCGACACCUACUCGUGAAGCUGAAGAAUAAUCCUCCUCUCCACAUGAAGUACAUUUGAAUGAUUCAGAGCCAUUAUCAAACAUCACGUGACAUUCAGAGCUAAUUCAUACAGAGCCUCUGAAUCA